AUGGCCGCAAGUUGGCUCACCUCCCCUAUCCAACUGACAGGGAGUCGCGAGUUCACUUGUGAUGGCUUCACAACGGAACAAUGCGACUACUACAUGCAUCGAUGGCAUUUUUGGUAUAUUGCAGACCACGUCUACGCGCUGCCGACCGUAGCUUUUUUCAUGUGUUCACUUGGGAUCUUCGUCAUUGGCCACUUCGUAUCAUCGCUGGGUUAUCGAAAGUCUCGCGGUUCUCCGUUAUGGCGGAGAUUGAUCGCCGUGAUCCGAUAUCUGUCUUACCGCGGCUUCCAUGUCCAGACACUACGAUGGAACUCGGCGCCACUAGGCAUUUUACUUCUAGGUGCUGCAGGAGCCAUUUUUUUCUUUUGCAUGGACCUCAUUCCCCAGCCCUACUACUGGCCAAGUCUAGACUUUGGUGGUUCACCGCCACUGGGAACCAGAUCAGGUUGGAUGGCCCUGGCAUGCAUGCCAUUCGUUUUCGCGACGGCCACGAAGACCAGUUGGAUCACAUUCGUCACGGGUGUUUCACAUGAGAAGCUCCAAGUUUUCCACCGAUGGAUAUCUUACGCCUUUUUUGUUCUUGCACUAAUGCACACAUUUCCGUUCAUUGUGUAUCAUAUCAGAUUCCAUGAUAUGGUCAUGCAAGUGGAGAUGAGUCUCAUCUUUUACUGGACAGGCAUUGUCGCGAUCAUCUUUCAGGCCUGGCUUACCUUUGCAUCUCACAGUGUAAUCCGCAAACACGGUUACGAGUUUUUCAAAGCAACACACUUUUUCGCUGCUGCCAUGUUCGUUCUGAUAUUCUUUUGGCAUUGCGAUUAUACCCUCACAUCUUGGCACUACUUCAUCGCGACGGCAGCCGUAUACGUUCCUUGCUUUGCCCAUUCCUGGUUACGGACGUGUUUCGAGUACGGAAUCCGACAAAGAGCUCAGUUCUAUGUGGAAGAGAAUGGUUUUACUCGCAUCACAGUUCCGGUCAACUUCACAUGGCGCCCUGGACAGCACUGCUUCCUGCGCUUUACAAGCUUCGGUCUUUUGGGGGCUCUCUCGGCUCACCCUUUCACCAUAUGCUCCCUUCCAUCAAGAAAACCAGGUGUAGAGUCACAACUCGUCUUUUACAUUCGCCAUCAGGGCGGUUUUACUGCCCAGAUAUACGAAUUCGCCAAGAAGCACCCCAAUGCUACGGUACCUGUACUCAUUGAUGGACCGUAUGGAGGUAUUAAUAUGCAGCAAUAUUUCAACAGUGACCAUCUCCUUGUGAUUGCAGGCGGCUCGGGAGUUGGCUGGACCUUGCCUUUCAUCGAGCAAUUUAUCACGUGCCGUUCGACACCUGUCGACGAAGAAUCUCGCCGACCUGAAGAAGUUAACAGCACAGAGAUAGCGAGUGAUAAGGAGCCCCGCCAUGCUUAUAAAUUUUCCAUGCCCAGCUCAUUGCGACUCAUACUAGCGACAAGAGACAUUAGCAGCCGAAGUUGGUAUGUUCAAGCGGUCAGCAAUUUGUUAGCAGAGCACUCGAGGACGAAUCCACUGCCCAACCUUCAUAUUCAGGUCCAUCUGACUGGUGAGGCCAUACAACACAUGAGUUCUACAAAUGCCCAAGAGCAUCUGGAAUCUUCAGAUGGGCAGCCCUCGCUGCCAGAGAAAGACAGCGCUGAAAGGAAUCCGGCAGAAAUCUCUACAUUAGUGGAGGAGUGCGAAGGCCGGCCAAAGCUACCUGUGAUCAUUCAAGAAGCGGCGAGAAGAGCAGAAGCAAAUGAGUCGCUUGGAGUUUAUGUCUGCGGGCCAACCACGAUGCAAAAUGAUGUUCGCAAUGCAGUUGCAGAUGUGAACCUGAAUAUUCUUAAAGGUUCGACUUCCGGGGGAGCUUAUCUACAUUGUGAACAUUUCUCUUGGGCAUAG